AUGUAUCAGGCGAGCGUCGGGCCGCCUGGCAGCAGCCCGGAGCGGCUGCAGUACGACUUUGCGCCCAUAGAAUCCUUCGCGCGCGAGGAGAAGGCGCGCCUCGGCAUCCACACCCCUGGCGCGCCGCACGCCUCCACGAACCCCUUCAUCCGCCCGCCGCCCGUCCCCGACCAGCCCGACGCGGACGUGGAGGCCAGCCUCGGCAGCAGCUCGCGCUUCACCAUCCCGCGCCCGCGGCACCGCAAGAUCUCGCAGAGCGAGCGCGCCCCGCGGCGGGGGAAGCUCGCGCUGUUCGAGCAGCCCGGCGCGCCGCCGCCGACGUCGGGCACCACGCUGAGCGUCGUGCCGUCGUACGACAACCUGCCCGGGGUGCCCAACGGGCACGGCGCGCCCGGGUCGAGCAGCAGCCUCGCGCAGGGCCUGGGCGCAGGGGGCCCGGGCGUGGGCCACGACAGGCCAUACCGGUUCUCGUUCUACUCGAACGCGCUGAGUGCGACGAUCCAUGCGCGCAGUUUGAGCGAGCUUCCGGCGGAGGGGCAGAGCUUCGAGGACCUGUUCAUGGGCCGGGCUGGGAUCGGCGGGGAUAGCCCGGAGAGCUAUACGUGGUGGUUGGAUGUGCUGUCUCCGACGGACGAGGAGAUGAAGCUCCUCAGCAAGGUAUUCUCCAUCCACCCGCUGACGACGGAGGACAUCCAGAUGGAGGAGACACGAGAGAAAAUCGAGCUCUUCCGAAAUUACUACCUCGUGUGUUUCCGUGGGUUCGACCAAGACCCAUACAGCCCAACCUAUCUCGAGCCGCUGAACAUGUACAUUAUCGUGUUCCGCGAAGGUAUCCUCUCUUUCCACUUCCGACCAACGCCACACCCACAGAACGUCCGACGGCGGAUCAAGCAGCUGAAGGACUACAUUAGCGUAACGUCCGACUGGAUCUCCUACGCGCUCAUCGACGACAUCACAGAUGCGUUUGGGCCGCUGAUUCAGAGUAUCGAGUACGAGGUCGACAGCAUCGACGAGCUUGUCCUUAUCCUCAAGGAGGCGGAGCAGAGCGAUAUGUUGAGGAGGAUUGGAACGUGUCGAAAGAAGGUCAUGGGUCUGUUGCGGCUCAUGGGCAAUAAGGCCGACGUCGUCAAGGGUCUUGCAAAGCGAUGCAACGAGAAUUGGCGAGUAGCACCGACGUCGGAUAUCGGUCUCUAUCUUUCGGACAUCCAAGACCACUUGAUCACGAUGACGCAAAAUCUCAACCACUACGAGAAGAUCCUAUCUCGAUCGCACUCGAACUACCUCGCGCAGAUCUCCAUAGAGAUGACGGAGGCAAACAACCAAAUCAACGAUGUGCUGUCGAAGCUCACUGCACUCGGUACGGUGCUCAUCCCCAUGAACCUGGUCACUGGUCUCUGGGGCAUGAAUGUGCACGUACCAGGGCAGGACCUCACGGAGGGCUAUGCGUGGUUCUGCUCCAUCAUCGGCGCGCUGGCCGCGUUUGCGGUGGUGGCGGGGUGGUCGACAUACAAGCUGAUGGUGCGGCGGUGAGGACGUCUGGACGUUUUGACGACGAUGUACACGACGACUUCCGAGACGCGUUUCUGGCACGCGACGCAUGGACAUGACAGACGAGCCUCGGUCAUGACGGGUUUCUCAAGCCCAUUUUUUUUCUUUCCUUUGGGGUAGUAUCGGCUUCUGUAGCAUCGCACGCAUCGCAUAGAACUGGUUUGGAGCGUAGUCAUAUACCGUGGAAAUGCAGUCUUCGCUC